AUGGACGACUUGGCUCUCCUUGACCUGUUGGAGUGUCCCGUGUGCUUUGAAAAGCUCGACGCCACAGCAAAGGUGCUGCCGUGUCAGCACACGUUCUGCAAGCCGUGUCUGCAGAGGAUCCUGAAAUCCCAGAAGGAGCUCCGGUGCCCCGAGUGCAGGACCCUGGUCCUGGGCAGCAUUGAGCAGCUGCCCUCCAACCUGCUCCUCAUUCGCCUCCUGGAUGGAGUCAGGUGUGGGCAAAACGUCACCAGGUUCGGCUCGAUCCAGAGGUCAGGGGUCCUGUCCUCCCCCGCCUCCAUCAGGAGGGUCCCCAGGGGGCUACAGCUGCAUCAGCACCGGCUGGCAACGAACCCCAGGCUCCACAUGGAAGGGGUGCCACGAGCCAGGGCCCUGUACACCUACCGCGGGCACAACCCCGGGGAGCUGCGCUUCAACAAGGGGGACACCAUCGUCCUGCUGCGGCAGCUGGAUGAGAACUGGUACCUGGGCGAGCUCAACGGCAUCAGCGGCGUUUUCCCAGCCAGCUCCGUGCAGGUCAUCAAGCACCUGCCCCUGCCCCGCCCGCUCUACAGCCUGGACCUGCGGGGCCGGGCCACGGCGGACAGCAAGGACAUCCUGACCUUCCAGAAGCCCAGCAGCCCUGCUCAGCAGCUCCUGCAGGCCAGCAAAAGCCACUGGUCCCCCCAGUCCAAGGGCGCGUCCCUGCAAACGGCGUCUCCCAAGGCCAAGGCCACGGACUCGGCGGCUUUCCCCAAGGUGCCUGACUCCAGACGGAAAAGUCUGCGGCAGUUCUCCAUCACCACGGCCCUCAACACCCUGAACCGCAUGGUGCACUCGCCCACCGACCGCCCGGUGCUGGAGAUCAGCUCCCCCGUGCUCAUCAGCUCCAGCAACCCCAGCGUGGCCACCCAGAGCAGCGAGAAAGCCGAGCCCCCCUACGGGACCCCUCUCCAGGUCAGCACCUCUUACUACCCCUCACCAGGACCACUGGGGCCCCCGGCAGCCAUCGUCACCCUGCCCCACCUGCAGCAGCACGGGCCAGCUUACCUGAAAUCUAGUCUCUCCGACUCGAAGAUGCCUUCCCUGUACACCUCAUGGACGCUGUCCACCUCCUCGCUGUCCUCGCAAGGGAGCGUGUCCGAGAAGGGCCCGAGGCAGAGCAGAGCCCUGCGGCCGCUGCUGCUGCCCGUGCCCGUCCCUGCCCCCGGCAGGACCGCGGGGGCACCGGCCCCGCUGCGGCGCGGCCGCGGCAGCAGCAGGAAGAACGGAUCCCUGCAGAGGCCGGGACAGGCAGGGACCCCCGUGCAGAUCAGCGGCUCCCUCCGGCGUCCCACGGCUGCGGGCCGGCCUCUGCACUUCCAGCUUUACCCGCACAGCAUCGCUCCCGGAGCUGCCGUGGACGAGGCAACGAGGCCAAACUUCUACGAGGCUUCACCGGCGCUGCUGGUCAGGGGAGGGGAGAGCCGAACCCCCUCCGUGUGCAGCUCGGUGAUCCUGGAUGCCAAAGACCCCCCGGUGAAGAGCGAGGCGGCUCCAAAGCCGCCCGCCUCAGCCCCGCCGUCCAUCCUGGUGAAACCAGAAACCUCCCGCAACAGCGCCGAAAAGCAAGUGAAGACGGUGAGGUUCCAGAACCACAGCCCGCCGCCGCCCAAGCGGCACAGCCUGCAGCCGUCGCCGAGGCUGGUCCGCAGCAGGACAGAGCCCGGGCCCGAGGGGCUCCUGCCCGAGCCCCGCCUGGGCCCCGAGCUGCUGCUGCUGUACUCGCCGCGCCUGGGCUCCAGCCCCCUGCACCCGCGCCGGGCGCUGCACCCCAAGGCGCUGUCCCUGGACCUCUCGGGGCAGCUGACCUUCCCCAUCAAGAAGAGCUACAGCAGCAUCUCUGCAAACUGA